AUAUUGGCAGCACUGAAUCUUGACGUAAGGUUAGAAAGGUAUCAGUUGCCGAACGAAGUGCCCUACCAAUUUGUUGCAUAAUAAUAUUUAACCGAUCAAAAGCAGCAAAAUGCUUAAGCCAGCAAACGUCCCCAAUUAUUUUCGAGCCGUAACUCAAGUAGUAAGCAAUCAGUUAAACACCGGAAAGCAAAUUGCUAUUCUACCAGCAAAAACAACUGUUCACGUUCCCUUUACUGGUACAUCUGCCCUAGCUCUUAGUCGAGUCCUUCCUACUGGCAAUGUUGCCAUUACUACAGGACCAGCUGUUUCUACUCAAGUAAGAUGGGCUCAUACAGAUAUUACUGUCCCAGAUUUCGGCAACUACCGUAGAGACAGUGUGAAAUCUCCAGUAGCGAAGGCAUCCGAUUCUGAAGAUGCUAGGAAGAACUUCGCUUAUAUCAUGGCUGGUGCUUUGGGUGUGGGAUCAGCUUAUUCCGCAAAGGCAGUAGUAACUCAGUUUGUCAGUUCUAUGAGUGCGUCAGCCGACGUAUUGGCUUUGGCCAAGAUCGAGAUCAAACUUAGUGAUAUUCCAGAAGGAAAAUCAAUUACCUUUAAAUGGAGAGGAAAACCCUUGUUUGUGCGACAUAGGACGUCAGAGGAGAUACAAGCAGAACAGUCAGUUCCUGUGACUUCUUUGAGGGAUCCCCAACAUGACAACGAACGAGUCCAGAAACCUGAAUGGUUGAUUGUUCUGGGAGUUUGCACUCAUUUGGGUUGUGUACCGAUUGCCAACGCUGGCGACUUCGGGGGGUACUAUUGCCCCUGUCAUGGAUCCCAUUACGAUGCCUCUGGACGUAUUCGAAAAGGUCCAGCUCCACUGAACCUAGAAGUACCAGAACAUACUUUCCAAAGUGAAGAUUUACUAAUAGUCGGUUAAUUCGAUUCAGUUUAAAUUAAUUACAAUAUAAAUAAGAUCGAUUUUCAAUAUUUAUUUCUGUAAGUUCUAAUUUUGAGUUAGGCCGUGUAACGUGACAUAAUGUGUCUAUCAAAUUGUGUACAUACAAUGUUAAUAAAGAAAUAAGAAAGUU